GAUGCCUUCAGACCAAAGAAGAAGAAGCUGUCUGGACCGGAGCUAGUGAGAGGAGUUUAUGUGCUGCUUUGCGACUGGGUUCGGGUCGGGGUUCGAGUAAAAGAGAACAAAUAAUAAGAAUACGAAGAAGUGAGGAGCAUGUUGAGAAUCUGUUUGCGAGGAGCUCGGUCCACAGCCCGGAGGAACUGUGGCAGGAGCCCUUUAAGUCAUGCACAGGCGUCCAGGCACUACACAACAGGACAGAGCAGCGGGGCUUCCAAAGUGCUGGCUGCUGGCUUGUUGACGGUGGGCGCUGGCCUUGGAGGCACCAUCCUUUACGCCAAAUUGGACCAGAAGUUCAGAGCUGCGGUGGAGAAGAAUGUUCCUUAUUCAGAUCAGCUGUUCAGCCUGGUUCUGGGACCUGCUCCUCAAGAUGCUCAUCCUCUUUUCAAGAAACAGGUGGAGUCCCGUCAGCCACCCUCUAUGUUAGAGAAACAAACAAAAACGUCCAAAGCUAAGCCAGAGAGUCCGUCACCACAGUCUGGUCUGGUACCGGCACAGAGCAUCCAGGAAGCUUCAGCAGAGGCGACUCAGAUCAUCUCAGCCAUCAGUGAGGUUCCAUCGGUUCCUGCUCCAUGUGACAGCCAGGCAGCAGCAGGACCAGAGGAUUGUGAGCAUUGCCAUGAGCACCCCUCUGCCUCGAGCAUGGCUCAUCAUGAUCCAGAACCAGCUGGGUCUGCACAACCAAUCAAAGAACGUCCAGGAGAAGAAGUGGCAGCUCGCCUGGCCCAACAGGACCAGAAAGAUAACAACCUCCUGGCAUUUGUUUCAGCCAGUCUGGAGGAGUCCCUGGCCAGCUCAGCUCAGGCCAUGCUGCAGGCUAUUGGAGCUCAGGAGGCGGCGCUGCAGGCCAUCAGCCAGCACACACAAAAACUGAAGGAGGCCAUGGAGGCAGAGGCUCCGUUUGAAGAGAAAUCAGCUCAGUGGAAGAAUCUGGAAGCUGCUCUCGUUGAUCGAACAACUGCUGAGAAAGAUGCCAGAGCUGCUCUUCAGAAAGCAAAUGAAGUCUUGGACGGUCUGAAGUCUGUGAUCCAGAAGUCCAAAGAUCUGAAGCUCAGAGAAGCACGUCCUCUGAUUUUGGCCGCAGAAGAGAAUCUCCAUAAAAUGGUGGUGGACUUGGACAAAGUGGUCUCUAAGGUGCAGUCAGCAGAGUCUGAAGCAAAGAUCGUCUCCCAGUACAGUGAACUGGUUAAUGAGGCCAAGCAGCAGUUUCAGAGAGAAGUCAGCAGCCUCACGCCAGACAUCCAGGCCAACUGGAAAGGCCUCA